AUGUCGUAUCCAGGCCAUUACGGCUACGGCGCCCAGCCGCAUGGCCAAGGCUAUGGCCAGCAGUACCCUCCGCCUCCCCAGGCUGGCUACGGCGGUUCGCCAUAUCCUCCCCAGGGUGGCCAAUAUCCUCCGCCCGCCGGCCCUCCUCCCGGUCAGUACGGUGCACCUCCGCCACAGCAGGGCGGCUAUUACCAGCAGCCCCCGCCCAGCCAGUAUCCUCCCCAGGGAGGAUACUACCCCCCUCCCGCCGGACCUCCCACCGGCCAAUAUCCUCCACCCUCCGGCCCUCCUCCCGGCCAAUACGGCGCACCUCCUCCGAUUCCUCCCUCGCCCUACGGGCACUCGCCUGCGCCCGGAGGCUAUGGUGCGCCGCCGCCCGGCCCGCCGCCCGGCCAGCAGUAUGGCGCUCCUCCUCCGCAGCACUACGGACCUCCGACGCCCCCGUCAGUGGGCUACGGCCCGCCCCAGAUGAUCCAGUGGGACGGUUCGCCCGACGCCGCGGCUGCGCGGGCCGCGAUGAAGGGCUUCGGCACCGACGAGAAGGCGCUGAUCCGAUGCCUGGCAACCAAGGAUCCCCUGCAGAUCGACGCCAUCAGGACCGCCUACAACCGAAACUUCAAGCGCGAUCUCGAGCAGGACGUCAGGAAGGAGACGAGCAGCUGGUUCCAGAAAGGUUUGGUGUCCAUCGUGCGCGGUCCCCUUAGGUCGGACGUUUACAACCUAUACGAGGCGAUGGACGGGGUCGGCACCAAGGAGAGCGUCCUCAACGACAUCCUGCUCGGACGAUCCAACGCCGACAUGCAGGCCAUCAAGAGCGCGUACCAGCAGACCUUCAAGCGACGCCUGGAAGACGACGUCAAGGGCGACCUCAGCAUGAAAACGGAGAGGCAUUUCCUAAUCGUCCUCGGCGCCAACAGGGCGGAGGACUCGGCGCCCGUCGUACCACAACAGGUCGACUCGGACGUCAUGGAGUUGUACAAGGCCACCGAGGGCAAGCUCGGCACCGACGAGAUGCUCGUCUGCAGCAUCCUCAGCACCCGCAACGACAACCAAAUCCGCGCCAUCAACCAGGCGUACGAGCAAAAGUUCCGCAGGAAACUCGAGGAUGUCAUCAAAAAAGAGUUUUCCGGCCACAUGGAGGACGCGCUCCUCUUCCAGCUCCGCCACGCCGUCGACAAGUACAUGCACGCCGCGCAGCUCCUCGAGGACUCGAUGGCGGGUCUCGGCACCAAGGACCACCUCCUCGUGGCGCGCGUUGUGCGGUUCCACUGGGACCAGAACUUCCUGGCCAACGUCAAGGGCGCGUAUCAGGCCAGAUACCAUCGCAGCCUGUCGGGCAGGAUCAAGGGCGAGACGAGCGGGGAUUACGAGAGGCUGAUGCUCGCGUGCAUCGGCGAGAACAUUUGA